AUGGCCUCCGAAAUGUCCUUGGAAGCGAUCAAGAACGAACAAAUUGACCUCGAGAAGAUCCCUGUUGAGGAAGUGUUCAAGCAGCUAAAAUGUACAAGAGAUGGCUUGACAUCUGAUGAAGGUGCAACAAGGCUGCAAAUUUUUGGCCCAAAUAAACUUGAGGAGAAAACAGAGAGCAAAUUCCUCAAGUUCUUGGGUUUUAUGUGGAAUCCUCUAUCAUGGGUCAUGGAGUCUGCCGCCAUCAUGGCCAUUGCUUUGGCCAAUGGAGGGGGAAAGGGUCCGGACUGGCAAGACUUUGUAGGUAUUGUGGUACUGCUCAUUAUCAACUCGACUAUUAGUUUCAUAGAAGAGAAUAACGCAGGCAACGCGGCUGCUGCCCUUAUGGCUGGCCUUGCUCCAAAAACCAAGGUUUUGAGAGAUGGCAAGUGGACUGAGCAGGAUGCCUCAAUCCUAGUUCCAGGAGAUUUGAUUAGCGUCAAGUUAGGAGAUAUUAUACCUGCUGAUGCCCGUCUCUUGGAGGGUGAUGCUCUCAAGAUUGAUCAGUCGGCCCUCACUGGGGAGUCUCUUCCAGUAACGAAGAACCCUGGUGAUGAAGUUUUCUCUGGUUCCACCUGCAAGCAGGGUGAGAUUGAGGCAGUAGUCAUUGCCACUGGUGUUCACACCUUCUUUGGCAAGGCGGCUCACCUUGUUGACAGCACCAACAAUGUGGGGCACUUCCAAAAGGUGUUGACUGCCAUUGGGAACUUCUGUAUUUGCUCCAUUGCUGUGGGUAUGCUGAUUGAGGUUGUAGUUAUGUAUUCGAUCCAGAGCAGGAACUACAGACAAGGAAUUGACAAUUUGCUUGUGCUACUCAUUGGAGGCAUCCCAAUUGCCAUGCCAACAGUUUUGUCUGUAACAAUGGCUAUUGGAUCUCAUCGGCUAUCCCAGCAGGGAGCCAUCACCAAGAGAAUGACUGCCAUUGAGGAGAUGGCCGGAAUGGAUGUUCUCUGCAGUGACAAGACUGGAACCCUUACCCUCAAUAAGCUCACAGUUGAUAAAAACAUGAUUGAGGUGUUCCCAAAGAACAUGGAUAAAGAUGCCGUUAUCUUGCUUUCUGCCAGAGCCUCUAGGGUCGAGAACCAGGAUGCCAUUGAUGCUUCAAUUGUUAAUAUGUUGAGUGAUCCCAAGGAGGCAAGAGCAGGAAUCAAAGAGGUGCAUUUCUUGCCCUUCAACCCAGUGGAUAAACGUACCGCAAUCACCUACAUUGAUUCCAAUGGAGACUGGCAUAGAAGCAGCAAGGGGGCCCCAGAGCAAAUCAUUGAUCUCGCUGAACUCAAAGGGGAUGCAAGGAAGAAGGCACAUGAAAUCAUUGAUGGUUUUGCCAACCGUGGCCUUCGCUCUCUUGGUGUUGCACGACAGACUAUUCCAGAGAAAACCAAAGAGAGUGCUGGUGGACCUUGGGAGUUUGUUGGUUUGUUGCCCCUCUUUGACCCUCCAAGGCAUGAUAGUGCAGAGACUAUCCGUAAAGCUCUUGAUCUUGGCGUUAAUGUCAAAAUGAUCACCGGUGAUCAGCUUGCCAUUGGCAAAGAGACUGGGCGUAGGCUUGGCAUGGGUACUAACAUGUAUCCAUCUUCUUCCCUUCUUGGCCAAAGCAAGGAUGAGUCUAUUGCCUCGAUUCCUAUCGAAGAGCUCAUUGAAAAGGCAGACGGUUUUGCUGGUGUCUUCCCUGAGCACAAAUACGAGAUUGUGAAGAAACUGCAAGAGAUGAAGCACAUUUGUGGUAUGACAGGUGAUGGUGUGAAUGAUGCACCAGCACUCAAGAAGGCAGACAUUGGUAUUGCUGUGGCAGAUGCAACUGAUGCUGCUAGGAGUGCAUCUGACAUUGUUUUGACCGAGCCAGGACUCAGUGUUAUAGUUAGCGCAGUCUUGACAAGCAGAGCCAUCUUCCAGAGGAUGAAGAAUUAUACCAUCUAUGCUGUUUCCAUCACCAUCCGUAUAGUGAUGGGAUUCAUGCUCAUUGCCCUCAUCUGGAAGUUUGACUUCUCACCGUUCAUGGUUCUAAUCAUUGCCAUCCUCAAUGAUGGUACCAUCAUGACCAUUUCCAAGGACAGGGUAAAGCCAUCUCCAGUGCCCGACUCAUGGAAGCUCAAAGAAAUCUUUGCCACUGGUGUUGUACUAGGAACUUACAUGGCUAUCAUGACUGUUGUAUUCUUCUACCUUGCAUCUGAUACUGAUUUCUUCUCUAACACCUUUAAAGUGAGAUCUAUCAGAGGCAAUCAGGAUGAGCUUACCGCUUCUCUCUACCUUCAAGUGAGCAUUAUCAGUCAAGCACUCAUCUUUGUGACUAGGUCAAGAAGCUGGUCAUUUACGGAACGCCCCGGUUUCUUGCUUGUUGGUGCUUUCUUUGUAGCCCAAUUCUUGGCUACAAUUAUUGCUGUAUACGCAAACUGGGGCUUCGCUAGGAUUCAAGGCAUCGGAUGGGGAUGGGCUGGAGUGAUCUGGAUAUUCAGCAUUGUCACUUACUUCCCACUUGACAUUCUCAAGUUCAUAAUCCGUUGUGCAUUGACUGGCAAGGCUUGGGAUACCAUGAUUCAGAACAGGACUGCAUUCACAACCAAGAAAGAUUAUGGCAAGGGUGAGAGAGAAGCACAAUGGGCAGUGGCACAGCGUACUCUGCAUGGCCUCCAGCCAGCAGAUUCUCCUGCCCUUUUCAAUGACAAGAACUACAAAGAAUUGUCUGAAAUCGCCGAACAGGCCAAAAGAAGAGCUGAAGUUGCAAGGCUGAGGGAACUUCACACUCUCAAGGGACAUGUCGAAUCUGUGGUCAAACUGAAGGGACUGGAUAUCGACACCAUCCAACAACACUACACUGUCUAA